AUGUCCGAUCUAAAUCAAAAUGAACCAGAUUAUGAUUCAGAUGGUUUGCCUUCAUCUGUUAGACGGUAUGCCUAUGAAGGAACAGAUCACUUUUCUCGAGUUCUUGCACGUGAAAAAAAAAAACUGCUCGAUUCAAUUCGCGAGUCUAGUGAACUUUUCAUUCUCAGCAAAGCAUCUGACAGCACCAAACUAGAGCCAAGUACUGAGAUCAGCGAAUACACUAUCUUUUCCAUUGAUCCCAUCACUUUUCAUAUGGAUUUCAUCGAUCCAAAUGCCAUCCCUAUUCGUGGGAUCCGAACAUCUUACAACCCGAAGACCGAAUUACUUAUUGUCAAGAUGGUGACACAAGAACACAGUCAAAUCGCCUUCGCCCUCCACAGAGCCGUUGACUACAGCCUUAUGCGCAUGGGACUCAACCAGGCCGUCUUUGAUUAUAUGGGAGUCGAUAUCAAUGUCAAUGGAAGAGUCAAACAGCCAGACAUGGGCUGGGGGCCGAGAAGACCCCCUCGGGGCUGUUCUCAGCGGCCAACGGUGGUUUUGGAAGUCGCUGUGUCAGAGAGUGAAAGCAAACUUCGCCGUGAAGUCACUAUGUGGGUUGACCCUGCUAGAGGGAGAGCCAAUGUUGCGAUUGCAAUCAACGUCAGUCGCAAGAAGCCCAUGGUAAGUAUUGGCACGUGGAUAUGGGAUCCUGUCAAUGGCACAUCCCUUGAAUCCCAACAUAUUGAGGUUUCAGAAAGCGAGACCGAUGAAGUCAAACUGUCUGGAGGUCCCCUCAUCAUUCCCUUUCAUCUAUUUUUCCUAAGAGAUCCUGAAACACCUAGAGAAACCGACGUUAUUAUCGAUAAGGAAGGGUUGCAGCAGAUUGCCGAGUGGGGAUGGGAUGCGCAAUUUCAGUAA